AUGAUAUCUUUUUUCAAUGAUAGUGCAAUCUUUUUGUUAUGUAUCUAUUUUUCCCCUUGCAUUUUUUUUUUUUUUCUUCCUUCUUUCUUUUUUUUAAAAAUUUUUUUUUCUUUAAAUUUUUUCACCCAUUUUUCUUUUCUUUCAUCUUUUUUUUCUUUUUCUUUCUUUCUUUUUUUUCUCUUUUUUUCUCUUUCUUUUCUCUCCUUCCUCUUUUCCUCUCUCUUUUCUCUUUUUUUUUCUUUCUUUCUCUCUUUCCUCUUUCUCUCUCUUCUUUCUCUUCUCUCUUUUUCUUUAUCAAAUCUCUCUUCUUCUCUUUUCUUCUCUUUCUCUCUCAAUCUUCUUUCUCUUUCUCUUUUCUUUCUUUCUUUCUCUCUCUCUGUUUUUCUUUUUCUUUUCUCUCUCCUUUCUCUCUUUUACAAUUUUUUCUCUAUCUUUCUUUUCUCUUCUCUUCUUUUUUUUUUUUUUUUUUCCUUUUUCCUGAUUUUUUUUUUUUCUUUUCUAUCUCUCUUCUAUAUAUUUUCUUUUUUCUUUUCCUUUCUUUCUUUUUUCUUUUCUUUUCCUCUCUCUUCUCCCUUUUUCUUUUCUUUUCCUCUCUCUUCUCCCUUUUUCUUUUCUUUUCCUCUCUCUUCUCCCUUUUUUCUUUUCCUCUCUUUUCUCCCUUUUUUUCUUUUCUCUUUUUUCUUUUCCUUUUUUUUUCUUUCUUUUUUUUUUUUUUUUCUCUUUUUUUUUUCUUCUUUUUCUUAUUUUCUCCCCUUUUUCUCUCUUCUUUUUCUUUUCUCUUUCCUUUUUAUCUCUUUCCUCAAUUUUUCUUUUCUUUUUCUAUUUUAUUUUCUCUUCCCUGUCCCUCACUAUUUUCUCUUCUCCUUUUUCCUCUAUCUCUCUCUCUUCUCUUUUCUUACUUUUAUCCUCUCUAAAGAGGAUUUUUUCUCUUUUUCGUUUGUCUCCUUUUUUCUCUAUCUCUUUUCCAUUUUUUUUAAUUCGUCUUAUCUUUUAUUCCCUUUUUCCUUUACUUUUUUCUUUCAUUGUUUUUGUUCUGUCUAG